UCACUACUAAUUCAUUCGUUCCCUCGAUUUUCUAAAACGUGCACACGAUUUAGCCUACUCAUUUUUUUCUGCAUGUCAUGUGCGGGGCUCCUUACUAAAGGGAUAGUUCACCCCAAAAUGUAAAUUAUGUCAUCAUUUACUGAAAAAGUCAACGCGAGUUCAAAGUUUAUCUUCUGAGACGCCGCAGCUCGUUCACGAGAAUCCAUGCACGAGCGCUAACUGUCAUGAAUGCGGACGUUUUUCACACAUUCUCGCUCGCUUUCUAAUAAAUGCACAGCAAAUGUCCAAGCCACUCUAAAAUUAUGUUUCUACAAGGAAGAACAGCUGUCGCCUACGUUUGUCCCGUCAUGGAUAAUCUGGAGGAGGAUCUGACGUGUUCAGUGUGUUACGGCCUCUUCACAGACCCGCGGGUGUUGCCCUGCUCCCACACCUUCUGCAAGAGCUGCCUGGAGAACGUGCUGCAGGUCUCGGUCAACUUCUCCAUCUGGCGUCCUCUCCGCCUGCCGCUCAAGUGCCCCAACUGCCGCAGCGUGGUGGAGCUCCCCACAAACGGCGUGGACGCGCUUCCGGUCAACGUGUGCCUGCGCGCCAUCGUGGAGAAGUACCAACGCGACAGCCAGCCCCGUUCACCCGCCUGCCCCGAACACCCUCGACAGCCUCUGAACGUCUACUGCGUUCAGGACCGCAAGCUCAUAUGCGGCUUUUGUCUUACCAUCGGCCAGCACCAAGGCCACGCCAUCGACGACCUCCAGACGGCCUACGUGAAGGAGCGCACCGGCCAGGCCGGACUGAUGGAGAGCUUGAGAGGCAAGCGUUGGGAGGACAUCUGCAGCCUGGCCGAACGCCUGGAGCAGGAGAAGGUUCGGAGCGAGGCUUUGGUUGAGAACGACCGCGAGGUCGCAUCUCGUUUUUUUCAGGGCCUUGACCUCAUCUUGGCCCAAAAGAAGGAGCAGUUCAUGCAGGCUCUGGACCGGGCGAGCGUGCUGCUGGCGUGUGCCUACGACCCGCUCAUCGAGCAGGUGAAGGACAUGCAGGAGGAACACAGCGAUCUGAUCUCCCUCAGCUCCAGCAUCGAGAGCGAGGAGUGUCCUCUGGUGUAUCUGGAGAAGGUGCAUCAGCUGAGGCAGCGCGUGAACGCCUUGAGCCAGACGGCGCUGCCCGAGAUCCCCAGCCUUCACAUGACGCCGCGGGCAGAGCCGUUCUUUGAGGAACACUGGUCUGACGUGACCAUCAGAGGUCUGAGGGACGGUCCUCUUCCAGAAAUCUCAUGUCAUGCGCACAGGUCAGCUCAGGCCGCGGAUCAAACUCAGUCCCGGCGUCUUCGUUCAUCUUCAGCGGUCGUCGUGAUGGUGCUGCUCGUCCUGGUGCUCACAGCCCUGUGUUUGCAUUCAGUGGGUGGCCUCCGUCAUGUAGUAGAAAACAUUUCAACUGAGCCACUCCAUGACAUCGGGACGUUCUUCUUUUGUCUGCUACACCACGUCGUCAUGAAAUUGAACACUUUUACAUCUACUUUAGGAGAAAACACCUACCAGUAUCUGCUCUCCUUUCUCAAAACAUUACACUUGUGUUAAAUAAUCAAACAUUCAGCCUUCCUGAAAAACAAACAGAAUGAAUUUCUAGGUCAAACUGGUACAAACCAUUUACACAAAUUUGUUCUGCUCAUUUCAAGAAUGAGGCCAAUAAUGCACUAAUACUGUAAUACGUGUUUGAUCGGAAUGCUCAAAAAGCGGUCACAACGUUAACAUUUCAACAUGAUCUUUGAGCUUCACUAAGGGCGUUUUCACACCUGAGCGUUUGUUUCGGAACCUGGUGCGUUUUCUCUCUUGGCUCGGUUAGUUUAGGCACAUGUGAACACAGCAAUCAAUCGCUCCGAGAUCGCCUGAACGAGGAGGUCUUGGCACGAUUGCAAACAAACUCUGGGGCGGUUCGCUUGAGAUGUGAAAGGAUAUCAUAAUUCAUAAUGGGAAAUGUGUUAUAUAAAAAGCAGUAGUGUGCAAUUCUGUGAGUGAGCACAUUAGUUACUGCAGUUAAAGAAACCAGAGCGCCUCUUCAUCUUAAUGUUGUGUAAUCGCACUUCUCAGCGCAAGAAUGCUGUCCCGAUGAUACCUGCAUUAUAACAUCCAUAUAGUGUUCGCGUCUCGACACAGUUCGCCUACUAGACAGUGCUGGGAGAUCCAGAGAGAGCGUGUUUGUAUUUGCAGCAGUAUUAAUAUGAAUGUAGUAUAUCAGCGGGAAUGACGGCUACAUUCGUAUAGUGUUUGUGUGUGUCUCGAUAGUUACAAAUAAAGCCACAAUAAGCUCAUGGAGCGAAUCAUUUUGAUGGAUGAUGCUGGGAAAACUGACCAAUAAGAGGACAGUUUUACUUGCAUAAACACAUUUUGGUAUGCUUUGAAAUUUUGGCAUGUGAAAGCAAUCCGAACCAAGAAGAAAAUGCAACAUUUUAACAAAUUUAGUCCCCAUUUCUGAACAAAAAGGAUCCAUAGGUGUGGAAACGCCCUUAAAAAUGUUACAAAAAGUCAUAAAAACCAUCUGAUAUCAUUAGAUAAGAAAAAAAAAAAAAGUGUUAAUAAUGGAUGUAUUAGUUACAGAUGUUAUGAAAACCUCUAUAAACAUAAAACCAUUAUUUAUAGACUAAGUGUUAUGAAAGUGUUUACUUAAGCUUUGCGAUGUAGCAGCAGUACAGUUCGCCUCAUCUUCUAACAAACAUUUCUGUGAACGCUGCAUUAAAUUGUGCAUGAAUUACAAAAUGUUCAUAAUCCCCGAACGUGAUCCAGGACGUUGUUAAAACACAAUCCGGGCGCUUUGGAAGGCAGUGCAGUCAGUGUCAUUGAUUAGAGCAUCUAUUUGCUUGACACACAGUGCGCUCUGCAAUUUUCCACAUCCAGACAGCACAAUGUCUGGCGAUCUUCCCCACCAUCUCAGGCCCUGUUUUCAUCUGGUAUUAAGAUGUGUUUUGGCCGAUCAGAUCACAAGUGGACGACACUAAAUACAGGUGUAAAACAUUUUGAGCUCGUCUACUUUCGAUCACUUCCAGAGGUAGUUUAAAACACAUUCGACUGGAUUGCUUUCAUAGUGGAAACGCUCAUGUGGUCGAAUGAGUUCAAACAGCCACACCUACUCUCCGUCUACUGACCUAAAGCAUUAACAUUAUGGGACAGACGAGAUUUAAACUUUCUCGGAUGAAGACCCAAGUUUGGUUUGAAGAUGAAAAAUGUACCAAUCACAAUGUUCUCUCACCAUUCCUGAUUUCUAACACACCAAUCAAGCACCGUGAGUGUAAGCGUGGAUGUGUGAUUGUGGAGCUAGUCAGAUUCACAUAUGUUCCAGUGUGACGUCACAAUGUGGAGAAAGUACAAAAUGAGUCGUUCUGGCAGCUUGAUGUCAACAAAUGCUGUUUUUGAGGUCUUGAACUUAGUAUUUUUAUUGUACAAUGACCUCUCUCGUGACAGAAGAUCAAAGCAAUGCUGAUUCCUCAAAUCAUGAGCCCUUUAACAUCAGCUGUUCAGACAACUAAUGUACUUCAGUUCAGAAGAACCUUUUCCAGUCUGUUGUAACAGUUUUGAGAAAGUAUAACUGGAGUACAAAUAAACUACAUUACCCAUGAUGCCUUCUUCCCAGAGUUCCAUAGAUGGCAUUGCAGCCGAUUUUAGACAUGGUCCGUGUAGAUGUAUGGACCACACUGACUUUACUUUAGCACAAUGAGACGCCCGAAUCAGACAUUUGUGACCUACUUUUCAUCCUAAUUUUAUGAACUGUUUGUACAUUCCUAAAUUUUUUCCAUUGUCUUUUUUUAUAGCUAUGAAUUACUACUAAAAGCACUUUGCUAUUUGCACCUAGAGAAAUAUGAAUAAUUUUAACCCUUUUGGUCGCUCAGAUUAAUUGAAUAUCUGAUUUUGUUCAACAGUUUCAGAGCUCAAGAUGAAUAAAACUCUUCUGUACUGAG